AUUUUGACUGUGUUUGGGUGGAAUAAUCUGAACGCUGCUGAACAAUGGAGGCUGACGAGGAGGCUGUGGCUCUGGUGAUCGACAACGGCUCCGGCAUGUGCAAGGCAGGCUUUGCGGGCCACGACGCUCCUCGGGGGGUCUUCCCUUCCAUCGUGGGGCGCCCUCGGUACCAGGGCAUCAUGGUGGGCAUGGGGCAGAAGGACUCGUACGUAGGGGACGAAGCCCAGAGCAAAAGGGGCGUCCUGACAGUGAAGUACCCCAUCGAACACGGCAUCGUCACCAACUGGGACGAUAUGGAGAAGAUCUGGCACCACACCUUCUACAACGAACUCAGAGUCAACCCCGAGGAUAGGGCCGUUUUGCUGACCGAGGCGCCGCUCAAUCCCAAGGCCAACAGAGAACGAAUGACGCAGAUUAUGUUCGAAACCUUCAACACACCUGCGAUGUACGUGGCGAUCCAGGCCGUGCUCUCUCUCUACGCAUCCGGACGCACGACUGGCAUCGUCUUAGACUCCGGCGACGGCGUCUCGCACACAGUACCUAUCUAUGAGGGCUACGCCCUCCCGCACGCCAUCCUGCGCCUAGACCUGGCGGGGCGCGACCUCACGGACUACCUCAUGAAGAUCCUGACGGAGCGCGGCUACUCCCUCACCACCACCGCCGAGCGAGAGAUCGUCAGGGACAUCAAGGAGAAGCUGUGCUACGUGGCGCUGGACUUCGAGCAGGAGAUGACGACCGCCGCCUCGUCCUCGUCGCUGGAGAAGUCCUACGAGCUCCCCGACGGGCAGAUCAUCACCAUCGGCAACGAGAGGUUUCGAUGCCCCGAGGCGCUGUUCCAGCCGUCGUUCCUGGGCCUGGAGUCCUUCGGCAUCCACGAGACCACCUACAACUCCAUCAUGAAGAGCGACCUGGACAUCCGCAAGGACCUGUACGGCAACACGGUGCUCUCGGGCGGCACCACCAUGUACCCGGGGCUGGCUGACCGCCUCACCCACGAGCUGAGCGAGCUGGCUCCCCCGACCAUGAAGGUGAAGAUUACGGCGCCGCCCGAGCGCAAGUAUUCCGUGUGGAUCGGCGGCUCCAUCCUGGCCUCGCUAGCCACUUUCCAGCAGAUGUGGAUCAGCAAGAGGGAGUACGAGGAGUGCGGCCCCUCCGUCGUGCACAGGAAGUGUUUUUAAAGGGGCUGAACUCCGACCGGCUUUGGAGAGCCUGUGACGUCGCCCGCCCACUUGUGCGAAGUCGAUUUUUUUUUCCUUUCUCUCUCUCUCUCUCUCUCUCUCUCUCUCUCUCUCUCUCUCUCUCUCUCUCUCUCUCUCUCUCUCUCUCUCUCUCUCUCUCUCUCUCUUCUUUUUCUCUGGUGAGAAUAGCCGGCGGGAUGCUUGUGGUACGAGUGCCGGAAGUGCUAGUGCUUAGAUGACGUCACUGGUGGGCACAAUAGUCGCAGCAAAACCUGUCCUCGGAAUGUAAAGAUAAAUGUCGCAGUGUAAAAGUUUGCCUGUGUAGCACCGCCGGCCUCCUCUGCUGAUGCAUCCAUUAUGUGAGAGGAAAGGAGGAAAAGGAAGAAGAGCGAAAAAGCCACAUAUUUAUACUCUCUCUGUGUGUAGCUAUUGGUGGACGAGUUUUCCUUUUCUCUCCUUUUUUUUUUAAGGAUGAUUUUUUGAAUUUGAGUUUUUUGAAUUUAAAACAUCUCUUUUUUUUUUCUUUUCUUUUUUAAUCGACGUCUUCAUAGGCAUAGCACAUGAAUGGUUAUAUUUAGCUGUGUGAAUCGCCGUCAGUGUUCACAUGCUUGGCGGAACAGACGGUGAUGCAACUAUGGAUUAGCAUUUGUAUAUAUACAUAUCAAUUCGUAUAUAUCGAUGGUUUGCUCUGAAUAUUAAUGCACAUACAGAACAAAUGCUUUUACACGAAAGCAUGAAAGUUGUAUCCCCACGCACGUAGAUAACGAAUCCAUAUUUAUGUGUGUGUAAACGGCAAUAUGCAUAAACGUUUGUUUGUGUAUCUAUAAAUGAAACGUUUUUUAUGCACUCCAGGUUAUGUGUCAACAAGAGCCCAAUAUAUCCGUCUGUAUGAAAGUGGAUAUGUGUGUAUUUAUAUUUAUAUUUAUAUUUAUAUUUAAAUACUUAUAGAUCUGUUAUUGUUAUAUAGUUUACUUGUUACACUGGUUUUACAAAUAUAUUCUUAAAUUGAUGAUGG